ACAUGUAUUUUUUGAAUUUGGUCUAAAAUUAAAAUACACCGAAAAUGCCACUUCUUUUGGAGUACUGUGGAUUGAAUCUACGAUCAGCAACUAUCGUCAUCGGCUGCUUUGCAUUGUUUUACUCAGGGUAUCACGUCAUUAAAUAUUCAACCAUGAUAGCAGUUUUGAAUGGCAUUGAAAAUGAUGACACAGAUUUGCCCAGGCAUGAUAUUCCAAACUUAUUAAAAGUUCUCUAUAUGGGUAUAUCAGUUGCUGGUGCAAUGAUAAUAUGCAGUAUGCUGCUACUAUUUGGUGUCUGGAAGAAACUUCCAAGCCUGAUUUUUAUGUGGAUACCUGCCUCAGUGGUUUACUUAUUGCUUGAUCUUGCCGUUAUCAUUUACUGUGUUGUCACAUAUACAGAUCUGAGUUCUAUUGCUCUCUACAUUGGAAUAUCAUGUUUCUGGUAUGCCCUCCACAUCUACUUCAUAAUGGUUGUGGCGCUCUACUUGAAAUACCUUACAGGAAGACUUCUUCCUGGAGCUGGUUACCACAGCCUAACGUCUGAUGCAUAAACUACACCCGAAUAUACCUGAUGACCUCCGUCACGCAAUCAUAUAAUAUUACGAAGCGCAUACCAUGUGUAGUAUGGUCGAACCCUUGGCUGCCCCAUUUACGUCACGCAAUCUUACAAUGAAGAAUAUAUAAACGUACGAGAUAUGUGUGACCAAGGGUUCGACCAUAUCCGUCACRGCGCACCUUUAUCAAUAGUUGUUCCGAGCGCGCUUCCAUAAUAGCGCAGCGCAGCCGUGACGUCAUAAAAACGAAGACAAAGGCGAAAUUCGGACAAACAAACUUACAAGUUUACUUUCAGCAGAUAAUUUUCGCAGCCGAUCGCAGUUGAUCUUAGUUUACAUGGGUUUUUAUCGUAACUUUAAGUAAAAAUAAUAAAAUCGGCUCGUAUAAUCCUCGUAGCGGUUAAACAGAAUGCAAUGUUUGUCCGAAUCUUUAAGCUAUUUUAGAAUCAGCGCGCUACGCUAUUUCACGCGUUAUAAACGGUAACGUUUCAACCCCAACAUUAAUUUCGGUCUCUGACAAACUAUUUUUACCAUAUUUUCGCUUAUCAAUGUAGUAACCAGUGAUGAUGAGAAAUCGAGAUCAAUCGGUUGGACUGAUUGCAAUUAAAUACAAAAUUUGAAAAGUAAGCAUUUGUCGCUUUUAUUACAUAUCAUAUUGUGUCUACUAUUCACGGCGCCAUAAAAAACGAAAUCGACGGAGAAUUUUUGUUUCUGCGCAACAAUAUGAUUAGUUUGGGCWUUGUACUUAUUACUCCUGAAAUUUCAAGUGAGUGGAAUUUUUAGAAGCCCUUGGAAAUACGAAAAAUAACAUUGCACGCAAUACA